UGUGCCACCAGCUUCAGUAUUCAUCUGGUAGCUCUGUUGAGUUUCUGGUUUUCUUCAACAAAGGCCUUUUCGACUUUUAGUUUUCUCUUCACCUCCAAGAAACGCAAAUGGCAGAUACUAUUCUUUUCGAUAUUGUUGGAGAAAUCAUUUUGAAUUUGGGUUCUUCAGCUCUCAAAGAGAUAGGAUCGCUUUGGGGUGUCAAAAAUGACCUCCGAAAGCUUAACCAGACAAUGUCUGUGGUGGAAGCUAAACUUCUUGAUGCAGAGGAGAAGCAGACACGCAGCCAUGAAGUUAGUGUUUGGCUAGAGAAGCUUCAAGACAUUGUGUUUGAUGCUGAUGACUUGGUGGACGAGUUUCACACUGAAGAUCUCCGACGCAGAGUGAUGCCUGGGAAUAAAAUGAGGAAACAGGUAUGCAUUUUCUUCUCAAGCUCAAAUCAACUUGUUUUUCGGUUGAAAAUGAGUCACAAAAUAAAAGAAAUUAGAGGGUCUCUAGGUGAGAUUAAAGAUGAUGCAACCUUUCCUAGUUUAGAGACUCGCCAUGAAGAAAAAGAAUUAGUCUCACCUAAUGUGAGAGAGACUCACUCGUAUGUACGCGAAGAAGAAGUCGUUGGGAGGGAUGAUGAUAGAAGGGCGAUAAUAAAACACUUGGUGGAUGUUGAAACUAGUGAGAGUGUCUCCUUCAUUGCCAUAGUUGGUAUUGGGGGAUUAGGAAAAACAACACUUGCCCAGCUUGUUUACAAUGAUGAUAAAGUUCAAAAGCAUUUUGAUCUAAGAAUGUGGGUGUGUGUCUCAGAUGUCUUUGAUCUGAAAUCGAUUGUUGGGAAUAUUGUUAGAUCCCCAACCAAUGCAUCCCUAGAUCAACUGAAAGACAAGCUCAAGAAAAAAAUAGAUGGACAAAAAUACUUUCUUGUGUUGGACGACGUGUGGAAUGAGGACUCCACAAAAUGGGAAAGCUUGAGGAGCUUGUUAAUGGGUGGUGCAAGAGGUAGCAGAGUUUUGGUAACCACCCGUAGUAAAAAGGUUGCUGAGGUAACCCGCCCCAUGUUGCCAUAUACCUUAGAGGGUCUAGACCAAGAUAAGUCCUGGUCUUUAUUUGAAAAACAAGCUUUUGGACAAAGGCCAGAUUUUGAGAAAUCUGAUUUUGUGGCCUUAGGAAAGGAAAUUGUUGACAAAUGCAGAGGAGUUCCUCUGGCCAUAAAAUCAAUAGGAAGUAUAUUAUACUUCAAAAAAUCAAAAGCUGAGUGGUUGCUUUUCAAAGAUAAUGAGCUUGCUGAAGCAAUUCAGCAAGAAGACAAUAAUAUCAUACCCACACUCAAGCUAAGUUACAAUCAUCUCCCUUCAUAUUUGAAACGUUGCUUUUCUUACUGUAGUUUGUUUCCAAAGGAUUACAAAUAUGAUGUGCAAGAGUUGAUUAAAUUGUGGAUGGCACAAGGUUUGAUUAAGUCAAACAGAAACCAAUGUCCAGAAGACAUUGGUUAUGGAUACUUUUUGGAUCUACUUUGGAGGUCCUUUUUUCAGGAAGCAAAGGAAGAUGAAUGGGGUAAUCUCGUGUGCAAAAUGCAUGAUCUCAUGCAUGAUCUUGCAAUUUCAGUUGCUGGUACUCGUAGUGUCUUAAUAGAUAAAGAUUCUAUCAAAUUUAGUGAAAAUCUUGUUCACGUAUCUUUUGAUAUUCCACUAGAUAAAGAUUCUAUCAAAUUUAUUGAAAAUCUUGUUCACGUGUCUUUUGAUAUUCCACUAGACGGUUCAGCAAUUUUGAAAACUUUAUCGCCGUUGCUUAAACAUAAUUAUAAGUUGCGGACAUUAUUUUGUGUUCCUGAAUUUCAUCUUCCUGAAUUCAGGUUUAAUUUUGAAUCUAAUGUAGCAGUGACAAACUUGAAGGAAAUUUGUUCGGAAUUUAAGUCGUUACGGGCAUUGGGCUUGCAAAAAAUUUCAAAAAUGCAGAAGCUACCAAAAAAUUUGGGUGCAUUAAAACAUUUGAGAUAUCUUGAUCUCUCAUUGUUUGUUGAAAUCCAAGAGCUGCCUAAUUCUAUCACCAAACUGCAGAAUUUACAGACAUUGAAUCUUAGAAGGUGCAAGAAGUUAUCAAGUUUGCCAAGAGAUAUGCAUAAAAUGGUGAGCCUGAGGCAUCUUGUGUUGGAUGGUUGUGAUAGAUUGAGUCAUAUGCCCAGCAGACUUGGAGAACUGAGUUGCGUUCAAACAUUAGAUAGGUUUGUUGUGGGGGCUAAACAGUCGAGGAGGAAGAAUACGAGUAUUGGUGAGGUUGGGGAACUACGCACCCUUAACAGUUUGAGAGGAGUGUUAAGAAUUGAAAAUUUGAGACCUGAUAUUGAAAAAUCAGAGAAUCCAAAUCUACAACAGAAGCAACAUCUACGACAGCUAGUUUUGAAGUUUGAUAGGGAACUAGAUGAUGAUAUUUUUGUGGAAAAAUAUGAGAAGUCGUUAGAAUUGUUGCAGCCACAUGCUAAUUUAAAAUGGUUGGUAGUUACUAAUUACAUGGGAGUGGGAUUUGCAAGUUGGGUUAUGUCCCUUGUUAAUCUUGUUAAAUUAAAAUUAAUUGGAUGUGUUAAAUGUCGGUAUCUCCCACCUUUGCAUGUAUUACCUUGUCUGCAGCAACUUAGUCUUCUUUUCUUGGAUUCCUUGGAGUGUAUUGGUGUUGAUCAGAAUGCGACUGCUACUAGUAGUAGUUCAAGUUGUGACAUGCCGUUCUUCCCUUCCCUGAAGAAACUUUGGAUUAAGGAGUGUCCAAAACUAACUUCCAUGCCAUUAUUUCCAUUUCUUGAGAAGUUAGUCCUGAAAAAUACCAGCUCCAAGCCAUUACUACAGACGUUGACGAUGACAAUGGCGAUGGCACAAAAGGAAGCUAGUUCUAGUUCUACUUCUAGUGCAUCAUCAUCAUCAUCAUUCCAAUCUCUCUCCAAAUUGGAAAGUAUGGGGAUUCGAUCCAUUGACGACAUACAAUCUCUGCUACAACAAGCUGCUGUUAUGUGCAACCUCUCAUCACUCCGAUCUCUUAACAUCGGAGACUGCCCCAAUUUGACAUCGUUGCCAGAAGCUAUGGGCAACCUCUCAUCACUCCGAUAUCUUCACAUCGACGGCUGCCCCAAUUUGACAUCGUUGCCAGAAGCUAUGGGCAACCUCUCAUCACUCCAAUAUCUUUUCAUCGGAGGCUGCUCCAAUUUGACAUCGUUGCCAGAAGCUAUGUUCAACCUCUCAUCACUCCAAAAUCUUCACAUCGGAGGCUGCUCCAAUUUGACAUCGUUGCCAGAAGCUAUGGGCAACCUCUCAUCACUCCAAGAUCUUUACAUCCGAGGCUGCUCCAAUUUGACAUCGUUGCCAGAAGCUAUGGGCAACCUCUCAUCACUCCAAUCUCUGGACAUCAUGGCCUGCCCCAAUUUGACAUCGUUGCCAGAAGCUAUGGGCAACCUCUCAUCACUCCAAUCUCUGGACAUCAUGGCCUGCCCCAAUUUGACAACGUUGCCAGAAGCUAUGGGCAACCUCUCAUCACUCCAAUCUCUUCGCAUCGUAGACUGCCCCAAUUUGACAUCGUUGCCAGAAGCUAUGGGCAACCUCUCAUCACUCCAAUCUCUUCGCAUCGUAGACUGCCCCAAUUUGACAUCGUUGCCAGAAGCUAUGGGCAGCCUCUCAUCACUCCAAUCUCUUCGCAUCGUAGACUGCCCCAAUUUGACAUCGUUGCCAGAAGCUAUGGGCAACCUCUCAUCACUCCAAUCUCUUUCCAUCGAAGGCUGCUCCUGUUUGACAUCGUUGCCAGAGGGCCAGAUGUUUCGCACUUUAACGUUUUUGGGCAUUUCCCAGUGCCCAGUCUUACAACAACGAUAUAAUAAAACAUCUCCCAUGAUUGCCCACAUUCCAAAUUUAGAGAUCUACUGAAAGCUCUGCUAGUUGGUAGUUUCUACAGGUACAUUCCAUAUAUCCAUCUUUCUAUCUAUUUCUUAAUUCUUCCUACUGAUUUCAAUUCGGUGCUAUAUAUUAUCUAUCUUAUGAUAUUAAUUAUCUACUGCUUUCUUAAUUUCUUACUUCUCACUGCUUUAUGGAGUUUGUCCAUUACCAGUUUACCAAUCUUGCAACAAAGAUAUACGAACACUGUUUCAUACUUCCACUGAAACACGGAUACAUGCUACUUGUAAAUUUCUUAUUGCACCUUCAUUCAUAUUUCAAUCUCUUACUUUCUUAAUUUCUUCAUACAUCUAUCUUAAGCUUAUCUUAUAAUGAUGACGAUGAUGAUGCCUUAUUUCUCCCAUAUUAUUUCCUUAUAAUUGUGCAGAAACAUAUAGAGUGCCUGCAGCCACAUCCACUAUCUAUACACCUUCUUUUUGAUCUCCUGCUGCAAACUAUAGUGGAAUUAUGUUAAUUGUAAAUUCCACCAGUUUACAGAUUGUGUUGCUUGUACAGAAUCAAUUAUCAAUCCAUCCCAAGUAGCACUCAUAGAAUAAGCAAUAGUGUUUACCUCUGCAACACUCCAAAGAGAUUGGGUUCCCUGGAAGCUUGAAAAUGCAAAGCCAUAUCUGCAAUGAAAGCCCUACCUGUUGUUGAUGCAGAGUAGUGGAGAAGCAUACACGAAAAUAUCAAGUUAGAGAUUGGCUUGAGAAGCUUCAGGAUGUCUUAUGUGAUGCUCAUAACUUUGUGGAAGAGUUUCAGUGAUAUCGGUCUGGGAGACUACGUCAAAGCGGGUGAGCAUUUUCUUCUCAAGCUCACCAAUUUUCUUUCAGGAUAAAGAUGGGUCAUAGCUCAUAGCAUAAAGGAUACCAGAGAGACACCAUAUGAGAUUACAGGCAAUAGAAUCUUUCACUUGGUUGAAGAGAUUUCUUUUGGAAUCUCUUUUGGAAACUAAAUCAAUUUCCAUAUCUUACUCUUACUUUGAUCUGCAAUGUUAAAAGUUUUACUCAUUUAAUUGUCUAUUCUUUUUUGGAUUGCAUUUUAUCAUCAUCAAGUUGUUGAUCUCGAUUCCUGUAUUGGCUUCAAAGUUGAAAGGUAUCGCAUACUGCCAAUGUGAUCGUAAAUUUGUUAGUACUUUGCAGCAUGUUGGCUUCACUGUUUCUAUUACUGUAGUAUCUGUUCUCUCUAUGUGUUUGUGUAUUCCUUUAUAUUUCUCUGUUUAUACAAUUAAAAGUGAUGUGAAUUCUUUCUUAAUGUACUGGCAGAUUUGAACUUAACUGAACUUAACUUGAAGUACACUCAUUAAACAAUGUCUUUCAACCAAAAGGUGAAUAACAGAACAUUCAACGAAGCCAUGCGUUUUGAAGCUGAGUCAGCAAGAUUCUGUUUUAACAGUUAGAGGCUUGUAAAAGUGGCUCAACUGCAUAAACAGAUACACUGCCGCAGAAGCUUUCAGUCACGAUCGAUGUCACCAUUGUUCUUUUUUUCCUCAUUACCUCUCUUUCUUAGUUUUUCUUUGUCUUGGUACUGUUUAGAAACAUUCCAGAUGAGUGUUUUGGGAAAGAGAGAUGGUGUAGAAAGCAUUUUCGGUUAAUUUAAGGGUCUAUAGAAAUCUGUACCAAGAGAAAGAAUGUUGUAUCAAGCCUUGUUCAUAAUGCUAAGAACUUCUUGGACUGAGUUAACCAAAGAUGCAGGUCUAUUCUGGACUGAACCUCAUAAAUUUACGUGCUUUCUUUAGUAUUGAAUUUUCAAUGGGAGGCUCAGGUUCUAAAGCUCAAUUCAGCUCAUUGUCUAAAACGCACCGCAGCUUCAGCUCUGCUCACUCCAUCAGCAUCUGCUGGAAUAUGCUUUCUUCCAUUGUCUUCAGAUCAAGUUAAAAAACUCAUUUCCUUUUACUAUGGAAUAUUACAAAAAUUUUCAUUUUUGAAAGUACGUAUAUGGUUUUGUUAUGAUUAUUAUUAUUUUCCUAUGGUAUUGUCUAUAAAAUCUUUGAGCUUCCUGUUGCUAGAUGGACAACUUGGAGAAAGAAAUAUACCUGAUCACAAGCAAAUGUACCCAGAAUUAUAUUAUUGUUUUCUCUUUUCUGCAAAGAUGUCUUGUUUGUAUAGGUUUUACUGAGUUAAUUGCUACUCUUUCUUAGACUCCAUUUUAUUGUCAUCAAGCGGCCGAUCUCCAUUUGUUGAUUGGUUUUGCAUUAUGAAGGGUUUCUAUGUGGGAGCUUCAGUCAUUAUUACAUGUUGAUUCGUUGAUGAACUCUCAGCUUUAAAGCUCAAACCAGCUCAUCAUCUGCAAAGCCCUGCAGCUCAGCUCACUCCAUCAGUUUCCAACUCAGCAGCAUCCAUCUAAUCAAACUUAGCUACUUGGUCUUCUGGCAUACUAGCUAGCUUCCAGUUGUCAGUUAUUGCAGUUAGAAAAUCUUUAUGUUUAUGUACUCAUUGUUGUCAAGACCGAUAUGGCACUUGUCUCUACAAAUAUCAAACUUAAACUCAAUACUCAAUUAACUGAAGACUCAGUUUUUUUCUUGGCCAAA